AUGGAAAAUACCGAUGAGAAAGACUAUUUGAGAAAAAACCAUAGUUUGGAAAACGUAGAUACUAGUAUUCUCGACAGCGAUUCAGACGAAUUUGACGCAUUACCAGAAAUUACAUUGCCAAAGGGAGAGACAGAAAAUCGCCCUAGGCAUCUGUACUUAAAAAACGAUACUUCAGAUUUUUCUUCUUACAAAUGGAGCAUUGAUCGCCUUUCUAGUACUGCUACUCUAGAUGACACGAACCGAAAGCGACGAAAGUUCGCGGUCGAAAAACUUCUUUACUAUGACAAAGGACAGCUGGAAAAUGAGGAAGACGGCGGCAUAAAUUCCUUGGUUGAUGAGAAUCUUGGAUCAGAUGUGUUGAAUCUAUUACGAACGAAUUCUGCCAAAUCAGACACUCUCGAUUACCAUUUCUAUAAUCCAUCAUUAGCUGAACCGAAAGUUGACUCAAUUUUAUCAAAACUUUCCAUACAAGAGGAAUUAAGACAACAUCUAUUUAAUUGCCCCGCCUAUAUUUUUGAGGUUGUCGCAUGUUCCAAUUUAAUACCUCCUUCGACCGUAUCAUGUGUUUUAGUUUAUCGCUUCUUUAAUUCGUUUUAUUCCCCUUCAAGGUCUGCAUGGUUGCAAUGUUUGAAGACAUAUAUAAAUUCAAGCCCUCAAUGCAAGGGUGAAUUUGGUUUGAAUGCAAAUUCCUUCUAUAGGCAAGUCUGCCAAAGUAUGGGGUUCAAUAUUCAAAAGCGUAAUCAACCCGUUCGUUCAGAACCUACAAAUCCAGAAGAGGUCUGUUCUAUAGUUCUCAAUGAAUCCUCUGAUGUUGACUUUUUCGUGGAACUUUGCCAAACCUUGUAUCCCAUUUGUCCACAAAAACUUCAAUCUAUAAUGACUCAAGAUGUCUGUCGCUGUUUGCUAGAUGUUAAAGUCGGGCAUAGCUGUCGGACUUCUUUCACAAAAUUCAUGGAAUCGAUUGUGACAUCGGAAAAGCCGCAUUUUUUCUAUGAUUUGGUUCAACUUUCUGAUCAACCCUCUGUGUGGGUAAGUCUUUUAUCAUCAUUGUCUUCCAAUUCCUCCACAAGUGUCCGGUUCCGGGCAAAUUUAGCUACACACUGGUUUUUAGGAAAACUUCCUGAACCCUCAUGCAUACUUUCUUCUAUCUGUGCACAACUUGAUAGAUUACUGGAUCGAUGCAGGGAUGAAAAUUACACUGAUUUAUUAUUCUUAACUACAACUUUUAGCUAUACAGUGACUGGACUCCAUUUAGAAAAGAGUGAAAAUUUGGAUUUAAUAUUGGAGAAAUUGCGGAAACUGAACCUAGCGAUCCCCGGUACAACUGAGCAUUUAUUGUUAUCGAGGUGUGAGGUUAAAGAUUACAUUCAUCGUCUAUAUAUGGUGAUUUAUUAUGAAAAUUCGGAUGUUUAUUCGGAACUAGAACGGACGAUUGAAAAAGACCAGGGUUCAAUGGGAAAACAAAACGAACAACCCAAAAGAAAUUCUGCAAGGAAUAAACCCAAAACUUCUUCAGCAAGUAGAAAGGGAGGUAGAAAGAAACGGAGAAGGAAUAAAAAUCAGGAUUAA